AGCGGGCCUGAUGGAGGCGUGAAAGGGCAGAGGCCCCAUUCCUGCCCCAGGCACGGCAGGCAGGAGGGAGCGGAGCGCUUCGCAGUGACCUUGGUCACCCUCCUGCAUUAGAACAGGACUGCUCCGCGCCCUGGCUGUUUAGCAGGCUGUCUCUAUGGCUACCGGAAUAAACAGCAGAUAAUAGCGCAGCCGCCUCCGAGCAGCACUGCAGUCUGCAGACCAGGAGGGAGCAGGGCUUCUCCGGGUCGCCGGCCGCAGCUCAGUAGAGGCACUUCAGGCGGUCAGCAUGGCUGGAAGCACUGACGUGGCAGCGCUGGAAGAGAGCUUCCGGAAGUUUGCCAUCUAUGGAGACACCAAAGCUACAGGGCAAGAAAUGACUGGGAAAAACUGGGCCAAACUGUGCAAGGAGUGUAAAGUAAUGGACGGCAAAGGGAUCACCGGCACAGACGUGGACAUCGUCUUCUCCAAAGUGAAAGGGAAGACAGCCAGAGUCAUUGGUUACGAGGAAUUCAAAAAGGCCCUAGAGGAGCUGGCCCCAAAGAGGUUUAAGGGCAAGAGCAAGGAGGAAGCAUACGAAUCCAUCUGCCAGCUGGUGGCAGGGAAGGAGCCGACCAACGUAGGCGUCACUAAAGCCACAACUGGCGGGGCGGUGGACAGGCUGACGGACACCACCAAGUACACGGGCUCGCACAAGGAGCGCUUCGAUGAGAGUGGCAAGGGCAAAGGGAAGAGCGGGCGGGAGAACAUUGUAGACACCAGCGGCUAUGUGGGGGCCUACAAGAAUGCUGGCACCUACGACGCAAAAGUGAAGAAAUAGGGACAACUGGAAGUGCCACCGACCCUCCCAGGUCCAGGCACCCCACAGCCUCUGGGCCUUCAAUCACAUCAGCCUUGGGAACUGGCCUUAAUGGCACAGGCCUCCUGAGACUGUGCUGGGCCUAGCUCCUAGCCACGGAGCCAAGGCUGAUAGGCCUCUUGUCACCAAGGGCUGAUGUGAUUAGAAACUGACCUGGCCUUGCACUUUGCUCCCAACAUUACAUCAGCUCCAGAUGUAUUGUGAGCCGUGUCCCUCCUGCUAGCGCUAACGAGACCUUCUCCCCCGUGCACCCUCAGGGCACCACGCCCCUCCUGCUAGCGCUAACGAGACCUUCUCCCCCGUGCGCCCCCAGGGCACCACGCCCCUCCUGCUAGCGCUAACGAGACCUUCUCCCCCGUGCGCCCCCAGGGCACCACGCCCCUCCUGCUAGCGCUAACGAGACCUUCUCCCCUGUGUGCCCCCAGGGCACCACGCCCCUCCGGCUAGCGCUAACAAGACCUUCUCCCCUGUGUGCCCCCAGGGCACCACACCCCUCCUGCUAGCGCUAACGAGACCUUCUCCCCCGUGUACCCUCAGGGCACCACGCCCCUCCUACUAGCACUAAUGAAACCUUCUCCCCGUGUGCCCCCAGUUCACCACGCCCCUCCUGCUAGUGCCAACCAGACCUUCUCCUCCGUACCUCUCACAAGGCCGCCACAUUCCUCCCACUCGCUGCAAUGAGGCCUUCCCUUACUCAUGCACUGGGUGCUUGCCUGAAUCUCUUCCACUAGUGAGGUCUUCUACUCACUACAGAUGCCAAUAUCCCUCCUGCUAAUGACAGAUGCGCCUUUUCCAACCCUAUGUCCCUUCAGCUAAGGCCAGGUCUACACUAGGAAGUUUGGCUUGUAGAACUAUGUCACACAGGGGUGUAAAAAAUCCCCCCUCACCCCCAGCGAUGCAGUGAUGCCAACCUAACCCCCAGCGCAGAGCAGCACUGUCAACGGAAGGGCGUCUCCCAUCGACAGAGCUACUGCCCCUCGGGGGGUGGCAUACAGGACAGCCGUACCAGUGCAACUUUUAAAUGUAGACCUGCCCUAAGAUUAAUGACACCUCCUCCCCUCUGGGCACAUCAGUCACCAGCAUUACCGCAGCCCCUUCUCCCCAGGGCACUUCACUCGUCAGCAUUAAUAGCAUCCUGCAUGCGCCUUCCCUGGAGAACUGGCCUGCACUGUGUUUAACCCCCACCCCUCGGGCUCCUCCAGCAGCCCCAGGCCCCAUCGUUCCCUGCCCAGUCCCCAGACGCCUGCCUUCUUGGUGGAGUCACAGCCAAAGGCCUCCCUGCUCUGUAACCUGGCUCUGCAAUAAACCGCCCCCCGUUUUGUA